AUGCUGCUUAUUGGUCCUAUGGAGACAGUGGUCUUUGAGGACGUGGCUGUGAACUUCACGCAGGAGGAGUGGGCUUUCCUGGAUCCGGCUCAGAGGAUGCUCUACAGGGAUGUGAUGCUGGAGACUGUCAGGAACCUGGAGUUCGUAGGAAAAGUUUCAGAAGGCCUUUGCGUGGAAGAUCAGCACAGCAGCCACAGGACAAACGAGAGCCGUCAUGUCUUGGAAAGACCCUGUGAGCUUUCAGAACACAACCAGGGCGAGGACUCCUCCCUGCAGAUCCCAGAGAGUUGUCUGCAGUGGCAGACGCGGGCCCCGGUGGAUCCAAAGGACAGCAGCGAGUGUAGACAAGCCUUCACGCGUCGCCCCGGCCUUAGGAUGCUUGCCCCGGGCCACCCCGGCCAGAAGCCACAUCGGUGCGGGGAAUGUGGCAAGGCCUUCAGCUGUCCCUCCUACCUCAGGACGCACGUGAGAAGUCACAGUGGGGAGAAGCCCUACGCCUGUGAGUUGUGCGGGAAGUCUUUCAGUUACCUGCACUCCUACCGGCGGCACGAGAGGACCCACAGCAAGGAGAAGCCGUUCACGUGCGAGCAGUGUGGGAAGGCCUUCAAGUGGCCCCUGUCACUGCAGACACACAUGAGCACGCACACGGGGGAGAAGCCGUACGCCUGCGAGCAGUGCGGGAAGACCUUCAAGUGGCCCCUGUCCCUGCGCACGCACAUGAGCACGCACACGGGGGAGAAGCCCUAUGCCUGCAAGCAGUGCGGCAAGGCCUUCAUCUGGCCCACCUCGCUGUGCACGCACCGGCGGACGCAGUGCGGGGAGAAGCCCUACGAGUGCGAGCAGUGCGGCAAGACCUUCAGCUGGGCCAUCUCCUUCCAGCGGCACGUGAGGGUGCACACGGGCGAGGCGCCCUACCAGUGCGGCCAGUGUGGGAAGGCCUUCAAGUGGCCCAUCUCCCUGUGUACGCACAUGACCACGCACACUGGGGAGAAGCCAUACGCCUGCAAGCAGUGCGGCAAGACCUUCAGCCAGAUCUCCCACCUGCGGGAGCACGUGCGCAUGCACACGGGCGAGAAGCACUACGCCUGCAAGGAGUGCGGGAAGGCCUUCAAGUGGUCGUCGUCGCUGCUGAAGCACUCCCGCAUGCACAGUGGGGACAAGCCGUUCGCGUGCGAGCAGUGCGGGAAGACCUUCAAGUGGGCCCUAUCCCUGCGGACGCACAUGAGCACGCACACGGGCGAGAAGCCCUACGCCUGCGAGCAGUGCGGGAAGGCCUUCGUCUGGCCCACCUCGCUGCACACGCACCGGCGGACGCAGUGCGGGGAGAAGCCCUACGAGGUGGUGGUUGUGUAA